AUGCGUCUUUCAGCAGCUCUCCUUGCCCUUGCGGCUUCUGGUUCUUGCACCAUUUUAUGGGAUGGCCGAUUCAAUACAUUUACUUCGAGUUCGGAUCUCAGCAACUGGAGUUGGUCAAAUCAAGUGGGACCAUAUCAAUACUACAUUCACGGCUCGUCUGCCGUGACUUCCUACAUCAACCUUUCCCCGUCCUACAAGAAUCCUGCCGAUUCUGGCAGUGCGCAGGGGGCAAAGUUCACGCUGGACAGUACAUCCUACUGGAAUGGUCAAACUAUGCGUCGAACAGAAUUAAUUCCUCAAACAACAGCUGCCAUCAAUGCAGGCAAGGUCUGGUAUCAUUUUAGCAUCAUGCACUCCGCUACGAAUCCUCCCAGCCUAUACCGAGAGCAUCAAAUCUGCUUCUUCGAAUCCCAUUUCACAGAACUGAAGUCCGGUUGGAUUUCAGGUGAGUCCGGAACGUCAGACCCUCUUCUCCGUUGGGACAUCAGCGGGACCACUCACUGGAGCACGAACUGGACGGCUGGAGUGUGGCACAAUGUAGCUUAUGAGAUUGAUUUCACCGGAGGAUCUGUCGCAUUCUGGCACUCCACGGGUUCGGAUCCUUUAACGCUCACAGUUCCGGCGGUCAGUGUCUCGGCCACGUCAAACGGUGAAGAUUGGCAUCUUGGUGUUCUUGAGUUACCCGUCACAGGCCAGACGGAUGCAACGGAGGAUUUCUAUUUCAGCGGUGUCUAUAUUGAGUCGGGAUCGUUGACAACGUCUGUAGCCGGUCCAGGUAAGCUCAUUCCCGCGCUGAACUGCUUGCUCUUUGGCAUCUGCCGUCCGAGCUGA